ACCCCUUAAACGUAACAGAGCUUCUCCUCGGGAUUGGCUGAAAAAGUUUUGAACACGGUAAAACGGUUUCAGCGGGUUAGUGGGGAAGGCAAGACUGCAGUAGCUAGUUUAAUCGAGCUGUAAAGGAAAGUGGGAACUCUUUCAUUAUAGUACAUUUAUUUUCACGUCAGUAUGCGAUUGAUUUUACUUUAAAAAUUAACAGAGCAACGAGCAUCAGAUUCCCCUGUCAGAGACCCGUAGAUCAAAGAACAUGAAUUCCAUACGAUCAUCUGUACAAUCCCUCAUGGAAAUGUUUUAUGACAAAGCACAAGAAUUCACCAGUGACAUUAAUAAUGUCCACAUGGUUUGGCUUGAGGAGAUCCAACAAGAGGCCAACCGCAUGUUCUCAAGAGAUUUUAAUGCUGAACCGGAAUUAAUGCCAAAAACGCCAUCUCAGAAAAAAAGUAGUCGCAGGAGGCGUGUAUCCUUGGCACAUCAGGAAGAAAAUCAAGCCAGACGAAGAUUUUCAAAGGGGAAGCGCAGUAACCUUCGUGGCUCUUCUGUCAAAUCACUGAACUUCAUUGCUGAAGAAGAGACAAUUCCCAAGGCUUCCACCUCUGAAGCUAACACCGACACACAGCUUAGACGCACCACUCGCAAAAACAAACAGACAAAGUCUGAGGUGGCCGGGGAAGUGAGCCAGUCACGUGGCAGCUGUAUGAAACUGCAUGAGGUGCAGAACAAGAAGCCGGAGCUUGUAGAUGAGGAAGAGGUGGACGAAAAUGACAAGGACAACAAUGCAGAAGACAAGCCGGACUACAUACUUAGCACCAAGUCUCCACCUGCGAUACUUUUGCCCGAGGUUGCUGUCAGCAUCUCUUCAUCAGACCGAUUGUCGGCUGAGUUUGCAAAACUGCAAUCUUCUCCUGGCCGCACAGCUUCUAAGAUUGCAAUAGCUGGCGCAGCUCAAAGCUCCCGGCGGAGCUCUAUGCGGUGCUCCCUCAAGCUUCGUCACUCGCUGGCCGGUCUGCGACACAGUAUGACACAGGAGUCUGUUCGCCGCGCAUCCCGCCGUUCCAUGCUUAAGAGGAAGGAGGCUCGCAUGGGCAACUCCACAUGUAGCAGCAAAGUUGAUGAAGAUUCUUGCAUGGACUCUGCAGAGGAAGAGGAUAGAAAGGCCAUGUUAGACGCGUUUAGUGCAGACACAGAGGAUAAUGCUGCAGCUGAAGAAUUGAAUAAAACUCCAGAGAUCCAGAUUAACCAGCGCUUACUUUCGUCCGUUGGACGCAUUACUCGAUCUGUGGCUGCAAACUGUGCCACACUUGCAGACCGAUCAUUGUUUACCACUGAAGAAACGGUGAGCACUCCCAACAAGAAAACAGUCGCUGGAAAGUACCAGACUCCACAGUCAGGUCGCAGUUCACGCCAGAGUACCAAACGCAAAGCACCCGACACUGUAGAGGAAAGUCCCACAAAGAGGCACUCUCCUCCCAAGAAAAGUCAAAGUGCAAUGAGACCAAACAUGAGGUCUUUUCUCCACACUGUGCAGAAGAACCAGAUGUUAAUGAUGGCUCCAAAUUCCCUCGGCCGAACUGCUGUUAUCAAAUCCUUCAUUAAACACACCACUCCUCUAAAGAUUGAUCCAAAGUUAAGCAUUGGUAUAGUGUCAAAAGAGCGUCACAAACUGGAAGCACUUAAGAAGAAGCAGGAGCAAGAGGAGGAAAGAAUGAAAAAAAUGGAGGAGGAGAAGAAAAGGAAGCAGGAUGAACUCAAAAGGAAGAGGGAUGAGAGGCUCAGACGAGUGUUUGAGGCCAAAGUAAAAGAAAGAGCAGAGGGAGGAGGAAAAGAAAAAGAAGAUGAGCAAAAAAUGGCUAAUAUUGAUGAGAAAAAUGAUAAGCGUCAGGCAGACGAGAAGGCCAAGAAGAAGGUGGUCAUUAAACGUCAAGAGGAGCUGGAGCAGAAGAGGAAGUUGGAAGAAGAGGCUAAAAAGAAGAAGGUUCAACAAGCGGAGGAAGAGAAGCGGCAACAGGAGUUGAUGGCCAAGAAGAAGGCCGAGGAGGAGGAACAGCGAAUUCGUAAGCUGGCUGAGGCUCGCCGAGCGCUGGAGCUGAAGCUGGAGAGAGAGAGAGAAAUGGAGAAAGAGAGAGAGCGACUAGCUGCUGCUGAAAGGGAGCGAGUGAAAAAGAAAAAAGCUCUUGCUCUGCAACGGGAGCUGGAGAUAGCAGCGAGGGAAAAAGAGAGGAGAGAACUGGAAGAGAAAAAGGUGGUGUGA